UAAAUGAUUGAAUAGCAUAGAAUCCCCAGUCCCAUUUGUUGUAGUGCUUCAAAUAAGCCAUCUUCCUUACAAUGUCAAGCUUGGUGAUGAGCAUAGCACGCUCUUCAAAAGGCUCAAAUUUCAAUAGAAACAGCACUUAAAUUUCUCAUCAUCUUCAACACGUUGUUUAAGAAGAGCUUUAAAGAACGUGCAAAACAAAGCUUCAAUCUGUUUCCAACUCAAAGGUGGAAUUUAAUACUGAGAAGAGGAUAAUAUCAAUCCUUUUGAACCUCCAUCCAGUUCAAUUCUCGGUCAAAUAAGAAUUUACCAAAUGGGUGAACCAAAUUCAGCUGCUGCUUAUAAAUAACCCAUUGUCUCAGUUCAUCGAAUCACUCAAACUAAUGCAUGAAGCUUUCUUGAUUACUUAACAAUGGCGGCUUCUUUCUUACCUCUUCUUCUUCUUCUGCUUGUAUUUCCAUUUGGGUCUGAUUGUUUUGGUCUAAAAGGCUGCAAGUUCGAUGCCAUAUUUCAGUUUGGGGACUCCUUGGCAGACACUGGGAAUCUGAUACGUGAGAACCCUGCAACUCCUUUCUCUCAUCUUCCUUAUGGCAAGACCUUCUUCAAGAAGGCCACUGGAAGGUGUUCUAAUGGCUUACUCAUGGUUGAUUACUUUGCUUUGUCAGCUGGACUUCCAUUAGUGAAUCCCUACUUGAAAAAGAAGGCCUCAUUCAUUCAUGGAGUGAACUUUGCAGUGGCUGGCUCUACAGCUUUGCCUCUAAACGUUCUAGCUCAAAACAACAUCUCAUCUCCAGUUACCAACACAUCUCUAAGUAAACAGCUUGAUUGGAUGCGUUCCCAUCUCAACACUAUCUGUUCUAAUAAAACAGAUUGUACUAAGAAGCUAAAACAUGCAUUAUUCUUCAUGGGAGAGAUUGGAGGAAAUGAUUAUAAUUAUGCUCUUUUUGAAGGCAAAACUGUUACCCAAGUAAAAGAUAUGGUACCUCGAGUUGUACAAACAAUAAUGGAUGCUACUAAAAGGGUCAUCAGUUAUGGUGCUACUCGAGUUAUUAUCCCAGGGCACUUUUCAAUGGGUUGCCUACCAAUCUACCUUACCGGUUUCCAAACCAAUGAUUCAACUGUUUACGACGAGUUUCACUGUUUAAAGGAUUUCAACGAUUUAGCAAGUUAUCAUAAUAGCAAGCUAAAACAAGCUAUCAAGUUGUUGAAGAAAGAGAAUCGAAAUGUGAUCAUUACGUACGGUGAUUAUUAUAAUGCAUUGUUUUGGGUUUUUCGACACGCUUCUUUGCUCGGAUUUGAUAGAACAUUGUUGCAUAAGUCUUGUUGUGGAAUGGGAGGUGAUUACAGCUUUAAUGUGAUGCAAAUAUGUGGAUUUCCAAGAGUGCCAGUUUGUUCUGAUCCUGAUAAGCAUAUUAGUUGGGAUGGGAUUCAUUUGACACAAAAGACAUAUCAAAUCAUGGCUCAUCGGCUCAUCCAUGAUAUAGCGCCAGAGUUUCAUUGUGGAAAUUAGAUCAGUGGAUAAAGUUCAGUAUUUGGAGUCUCUUAAUCAUGAAGUUGUUGCUAUGUUAAUUAGCUUAAGUUGUUGUUUUUGAGCAUUUGAGUCUUAUGUAUUUUGAGUUGUGAUUGAAUGAAGUUGUAGGCUUUUCCAAGUCUUUGCUUU